AUGAAAGGAAUCUCCGUUCUCGUCGCCCUCGCCGCCUCGACCCUCGCCGCUCCAUCUCGGGAGAAGCGUGCUUCCUCGCCCCUCAAAGUCAAGAUCGAGAUGGUCGGCAACUCGGAGGUCAAGGCCGUCAUCAAAAAUGAGGGCCAGGAGAGUCUCAAAGUUCUUAAGACCGGCAGCAUCCUCAGCCCUGUUCCUGUCGAGAAGGCAACGGUCUUCGCUGAUGACCAGCCCAUUGAAUUCGAGGGCAUUCAACUACGGAUUGCACUGGGAGCUCUCAGCGAGAAUCAUUUCCAGUAUAUCCUUCCCGGACAAUCUGUCGAGACGGCCUUUGACCUCGCCGACGUUCACAAUCUUACCUCUGGGGGCAAGUUUGGGGUCCGUGUCGAUGGAGCCUUCGCGUUUGCCAAAGACAACAGCACCAAGCUGAUCGGCUCCAUCCCGUACAUCUCCAACCACAUUGUGGCCGAUAUUGAUGGCAGCCGCGCCGCCUCAAGCUCCUUGGCCUCACUUGCAAAACGCACUCUUGUCCAGAGCGACUGCAACGGCGAGAAAUACAUAAUCACUCGAAAGGCACUGACCGAAUGUGCUUCCAUGGCGAGGGACGCUCGCAUGGCCGCUUCUUGGGGACCCGCGGACAAGAUGGAAGAGUACUUUCAGUCAUCCAGCCAGGAAGUCCGCGACACCGUCUCGGGUGUCUUUGACCGCGUCGCCUUCGAAUGCGGCUCCGCCACGGGUGGCAUCGCCGAGUACUACUGCACUGAUGUCUUCAACAAAUGCGACGGCGGAACUCUGGCGUACACGACGCCGGCUCGAGGAAAGAUGUUUUUCUGCCCACUGUACUUCAAGGCCCUUCCCGAUCUUGCCAGAGGCUGCCACCACCAGGACCAGGCCACCACCAAUAUCCACGAGGUAACCCACUUGAAGCGUAUCAAGGGCACCAAGGACUACGGAGGCUACGGUUAUCAGUUUAUUCGCAGCCUGACUCCCGAACAGAACCUCAACCACGCGGAUACCUAUGCUCUGUUUGCCAGCGCGGUCCGGCAAAAGUGCUAG